GCACUUACAAAUAUAUGCUGUUGUAGCUAAGUGAUAACAUUAUAACAUCACCAGUGAGUCUUGAAAGUGUAUACAUAAGGUUAAAACAACAAAUAGCAAUCCAAUCAAGUGGCAUAGGAAACCCUUGGUAUGGGUAUGGGGAACCUUGAGGUAGUGGUAGCCUGGUAUAUAAGGCGGGAGAGCUGACAAGGACUACAUUCCCCGGGUACCUCCACCGCGACCAUGAAGCUCCAGAUCCUCCUCGGUGUUGUGAUGUGUGUCUACACAGCCUCAGCGAUGCCCCAGACCUACGAGGCUUUGGGGGUGCUGCAGCCCAGUACCAGAGACCUCGGCCCCUACGACAACAUGGUCGCCGCCACCAUCGACAUCCUCCCAGAGAUCGCACAAGUCUUCGAGCAGAUAACGAGUGACCCAGCUCGCAGCAACAACUUCGAUUCUGGCUUCGUAGAGAGAGUUAUCCUGGCCUUUCUCCCCAUUUCUCGCAAGGUGAUGGAGGCCAUGGCCAAGGCUGAAGGCAAGAGUGUCCAGCAGGAAGACCUUGAUAGACUGGCCAGGGCAGAGGCCAUCAUGCCGUCUAUCUUAGCCUUCAUAGAAAAACUCCGGACCACUGAUUUUUACGGCAUCGGAGAAGACUUCUCGGGGAGCGCUGGCAGUAGUGGCCUUGGGGUCUCCAAAGGAGGAUCUGAACCUACGGCAGCAGCGACCACCCGGCUGACGAAAACCAGCAAGACCAACAACCUCAGCGCCUCUAUUGUUAGGAUGCCAAAUGGUGGAACUCAUUUUAUUAACCACCCACGCAGUCAACAGUAAACUCUUCAUUCUCUCUCUCUUUAUCUCUCUCUCUCUCUCUCCAUUUGUGUUAUUUACACUCUUAAGAACAAAUAAAUAUCUCUACAAUACGUCUACAGGAAAACAGGAACAUUUAGCAUUGUCUGUAGCUUUCUUAAAUGUUCUCAUGGAUACUGCAAAUUUUUAGCAAAAUGUAAGAUGGUAAAAAUAUUCCAUCUCCUGAGACUAACCUGGAACGCUUCUAGACCCAACUUUUUUUUUUUACGAUCUUAUCAGUUAUUCUCUGUUGUUUACUAAGAGAAAUGCUUCCUUAAGUUCUAACUAUAUAAAUGUGCAUAUAUUUAGUUUAAUGAUAUGUAUGACUGUACAACUUACACCACUAUCGAAUAUCUGAAACGCAUCUCUUCCGAAUACUGUAUUUAACAGUGUGUGUGUGUGUGUGUGUGUGUGUGUGUGUGUGUGUGUGUGUUUGUCUUCAAAGCAUAACAAAACUGGUUUAUCUAUAAUCGAAUUAUGUACUGUAUGAAAUCUGUUGUACAAUACAAAUAAAUAUACGUGAUAAAAUCUUCCAA